AUGUUGAAGCAUGCUGAUUUUCCUGGUAGCAACAACGGAACAGGUCUGUUUCAAACCAUAGUUGGUUUGAAGAUAAGAGAUUUGUUUGAGCAGAUAGUAGCAAGCAGGGCUGAGACUCCGGCAGGAGCUGCUAAGGCUUAG